CAGUCGACGUCUGCUGUCACUGUCAGAAAAGUCUCUUGUGUCUUUAUCCAAAUUCUUCCUGGUCAAAAUAAUGCUCGAAACUUGUCCAAAGAAGCGCAUGGUUAUUGGGAUAACCUGUCUGGCUGUGGUUACAUUUUUCGUAUUGAUUGUUGAGUCACGUUGGACAAUCGAAGAGCGAAAAGCCAAACAAUACAUCGUCGAAAAUAACACAACUUGUGGAUUGACCGAGGACUGGAUUGUUGUGAAGAAAUGCCAUCCUUGCACUGAUUUUGAAAUAGCCAGCAAAAACCCUAGUGCAUGUGUGCACACACACAACAAAGAAAUCCUCCGUUGCAAAAGUGGAGAGACUGUCAUAAGAAGUUGCAUAAGUGCUGCCUGGAUCGAUCAACGUCGCUUCUGGAUAUUUGAGUGCUCAAUGUUUGUGAUUGGCGUCAUAUCCACCGCAAUCUCUUUCAUCCGCCAAAAAACUCUCGAUCGAAGAACAAUUCAAAAAAUUCAACGACAAUUGAAUCAGAACAGCUAACAUAAAGAUGACUGGGAAACUCUAUAUUGAA